AUGGGUUUCGCCACAAGAAAAUGGCUUUGCCUACCUCUGAGCUGCCUGAUUCUCGCCAGUCUGAUUCAAGCCGAUUUUAAAUUUCAGAAGGGAGUGCUGGCCAGCAUCAGCCCAGGGAUCGCAGAAGACAUUGAUCUCCAGUGCUGGAAUGCUUGUUCUCUGACACUGAUAGAGCUCAAGGAACUCAAGAUAGACCACAGUGUAGAUGCUCUCUGGAAUUUUAUGCUGUUCUUGCAAAAAUCCCAGCGACCUAGACAUUACAAUAUUUUCUUAAGCAUAGCUCAGGAUUUCUGGGAUAUGUAUGUGGACUGCUUGCUUUCAAGAUCUCAUGGAAUGGGCCGCAGACAGGUGAUGCCUCAGGAGACUAAUUUUCCACAGACAAUAACUAGAGGACUGGAUUUUAUAAAACAUGUUCUACAUAUAAGAACAAGAACUUGGAAGAUAUCUUGAACAAGAUGCUAUAAAUUGAAAUUUGUCAGCAUUCACGUGGUCAAAUUAUUU